AUGCAACGGGCGAUUGCCCAAGAAAGCGGAUCGNUUGGAAUCCAAACCGCAAUCCUCAGAGGAUUGCCCAAGAAAGCGGAUCCUCUGAUUUGGUAAAAACGUGAUCCUCCCCAGAGGAAACCCCUCACCCAAAACUCUGGAGGAUCACCUUCCUAAAUCCUCUGGAGGAAGUUGUAAUGUAUUCCCCGUGGAGUAUUUCUUCCAACGAUCCUCCAGAGGAUUUCGAACAGUGAUCCUCCAGGGCUUUGGGUGAGGGUUUCCUCUGGGGGGAUAACCUUUUUACCAAAUCAGAGCUUCCGCUUUUUUGGGCAAUCCUCUGAGGAUUGCCGUUUCACCUAUCCU